CCCAGUGCAUCUUGCCGUUAAAAGCGGCAAAGUACAUCCGCCUAAUGAGGAGGUUGAGAGAGGGGACAAUGGCGGUGAUGAGAAGGGGAGAGUGGAAGCAAGAGGAGGAGAUGGGGGAGGAGGAAGAGGAGGAGGAGGAGGAGGAGGAGGAGGAGGAGAAAGAGGAGGAGGAAGAAGAGGAGGAAAAGGAGGAGAAGGAAUGGGAGGGGAAGGGUGGGAGAAGCACAAA